AUGAUGUUUCCCAUACCUGCUAGACAACGCCUGUUCCUUGUGACUCAACGACGCCCCUUGAUUGCGGUGUCUCGUAACAACAUUAGACCGGCAUCAACAUUGAGGAACCCAUCCACCAGAACAGAUGAAUCCCGUUUCAACGCCAAAAGGGCUCUAUAUGCUGCAGGCGGCGGCGGCCUGGCCAUUUUGGGAUUGAUGUGGACGGGACGCAGUCGGUGCGAUUGUCCAGACGAUCCACGCGACAGGAAAGCCCUCUCGAUGGUUCCAUUAACAAAGCUCCUUUCCGGCUGGGUCGCCUUCGCGUUCUGCUCCUCUCCAACUUGGGUCGGCAUGAGCGAGUCUCUUUACAAUGUUCUUUCGAAAAUCCCCAUUGUGUCUUCCAUCACCAAUGCCAUCGUCAUGCGGACAUUUUUCAACCAAUUCCUUGGAGGGAAAACGAUAUCCGAGUGCAUCCCCAAGAUAGAGUCUCUGCACAAGGAAGAAAUCGGUACCCUUCUUGGCUAUAACAUCGAAGCUGAGCUGGAUGGCUCUAGCAAGGAUAUGCAACUUAUUCUCGAGCAAACCGAGCAUGUUUUGUCUUCCAUUGAGGCACAGGGCAAAAUGGCUCGCCGACUAUGGCCUGACACCAGCGCUACUGGAGGUGAUAACCGUUUCUGGGUCCGAAUCAAGGUGACUGGUUUGUUGCCCAACCCGGUUGCUCUUUACCGCGGCUCCAAUGCUAUCCUCAAGGCAAGGGAAGAGAAAGGAUUGGACAAGGACGUCCCGUAUCCUGGGCUGCCCCAUGAUGGCGACUGGGAAGCAGCCUUGAAUGGAGAGGGCGUUACGGAUGCGGAUCGCAAAGAGCUAGUGGGCCUACGCACCGUUUUGGAGAAGAUUGCCAGCAAGGCACGCGAGAGUAACGUGCGGAUUGUGAUUGAUGCCGAGCAAUCAUGGUAUCAGCCAGUUAUUGACAGUCUGACCGAUGAGCUCAUGCAGAAAUAUAACACGUUGGACGGCCCUGCUACAUGUAUCGCUUCGUUCCAGGCCUACCUCCGCAGGCACCCUCAGUUGUUGAACCAACAGAUUGAGCGUGCGGAUAAGAAGGGAUACAAACUACUCUUCAAGCAGGUGAGGGGUGCCUACAUGGUUACUGAAGCCGCGAGAUGGAAAAGGGAAGGCAGGGAGGGACCGGGGCCAGUGUGGCCCACAAAAGCAGAAACCGAUGCCAGCUUCAAUUAUGGAAUCAAGAAGACACUCUCCACCGUGGCUGAUCAAAUUCAGCAGACUGGUCAGUCGAAGAUCAGUGUCGUAUUUGCUACCCACAACUCUAUCAGCAUUGAUCUUGGGAUCAAGUUGCUGGAGAAGUAUGGAAUGGCAAAACGGCAGCCUGGAAAAGACACCUUUGUGAUAUCUAGUGAAGCUGCUGGUAGCAUUGCCUUUGCGCAAUUAUAUGGGAUGAAGGACGACCUUACCAACAAAAUCACUGGGUCUAUUACCACUGCAGGUGGAUUUCCACUAGUUGUCAAGUCAAUGAGCUACGGCGACCUCAAAGAAUCGCUGCCGUUCCUAGCAAGACGGGCCACGGAAAAUAAGGCGGUUCUCGAGGGGCGAGGUGGCGCUGUUGCUGAGAGGUCGCGUUUGGGUCGUGAAAUUUGCAGGCGUUUUCUACCUUUUUACUCGUAA